GCUCGUCAAGAUGGCUGACGAGGACUUAGAGCCACGGAAAUUGCUUGGUUAUCUAUAUCAGGAGGGAAUGUUUGACGAAGAUGACAUGGACGAAGUACGAGACGAGCGAACGAGAAAGAAACAGGCAGAGGCCUUGUUGUCCAUGUUGGGUCGAAGACCUGUACAAGCAUAUGAAAUAUUGGUGAACGGUUUGAUUGAAACACAGCCUCAUCUAGCGAAACUUUUACAGACUCCUAUUCCAGGAGAAAAAAGAGAUGCCUUUUGA